AUGUCGUCGAACGCAACUUCAAAUGACAGCUAUAAUAAUGGCGAUGUUGCCUGGGUCCUGGCUUCUACGUGUUUGGUCUGGCUUAUGAUUCCAGGAAUCGCGUUUGUAUAUGGUGGGAUGUCGCGAAGAAACAGUACACUAUCCUCGCUUAUGGUGUGCUCUUUGGCAAUCCCUAUUGUGUCAAUUCAGUGGAUCUUGUUUGGCUACUCUAUAACGUUCAGCAAUACCGGAGGUCGAUUUAUAGGAAACCUCAAAGACGCAUUAUUUAUAAAUGAUCUAGAUGAGACAAUUUCCCAUCAAAGUGGUCAAAACCAAUAUUAUGAAAAAAUCCCAAAACUUACCCACGCCGUCUUCCAAUUAAUGUUUGCUGCGAUCACACCAUCUAUAAUAUUUGGCUCAGUAUCGGGACGGAUCCGAACGAUUCCUGCUCUCAUAUUUCUUUUCAUAUGGUCAACGCUUGUCUAUGAUUUCAUAGCCUAUUGGUGUUGGUCGGAUCAUGGAUGGCUUAACGAAUGGGGAGUACUCGAUUUUGCCGGAGGAACACCAGUUCAUAUUUCAUCUGGUGCUGCGGCUUUAGCAUAUUGUUUGGUAGUGAGAAGGAAUAGUGGUAGAUUCCAUCCUCAUGAUACGACCAAGGUGAUACUUGGUACUGUUUUUCUCUGGUUCGGUUGGUUUGGGUUCAAUGGAGGUUCGGCGUUAGGUGCAAAUUUAAGGGCAACCAUGGCUUGCAUUGUAACCAAUACAGCGGCAUCAGCCGGUGGUCUAACUUGGAUGUUUAUUGAAUACUUUAAAAUGCCAGUAGGCGAGCGAAGAUUAUCUGCCGUUGGAUUUUGUUCUGGAGCAUUGGCGGGAUUGGUUGCUAUUACUCCAGGUUCCGGUUUUGUUACUCCAUAUGCCGCAUUAAUUUUUGGUUUACUUUCUGGAGCGAUUUGCAAGCUGGCUACAGAACAAAACUUUUAUCGUGAUGAGAACGAAGUUUUCGCUAUUCAUGGGGUGGGAGGUAUCAUCGGAAAUAUUUUAACUGGCGUAUUUGCCGAUCAAAGGAUUGCGAUGCUCAAUAAUCAGAUGAUUGAUGGUGGUGCCAUAGAUGGGAACGGGAUUCAAGUACUAAAACAACUAGUGUCUUGCGCUGUUGGAUUUUCUUGGUCUUUUAUCGUAACCGGGAUCAUUCUUUUGAUUAUGAGUAAAAUUUGGGACAUGGAAAUAAAUGACUUUAAUAGGGUUGAUGACGAAAAUCAUGUGCAAUCAGCAUAUAACGACAACUGA